GAUAUGGAUAAAGAAGAUCUAGAUAUAACUAAGUGUCAGGAUUAUGUCUUACGAAAAUCGCAGAUUCCUUCGGGCAUAACUACAAAGAUCCUGGGUUAUGACUUUAAUAAUGGAAUAAAUUUUGAUGGCAUCAUGGAUGCUUGCAUUACUACAGGCUUACAAGCAACAAAUUUUGCUAAGGCAAUUCAAGAAAUUGAUGAGAUGAUUAAAGCAAGAAUGGAAGGCGAAGCAAAUGCAUAUCUGCCAUAUCCUGAAGGCAAAAGGAGAAGAAAUUGCACAAUUUUCUUGGGAUACACCAGUAACUUGGUCAGUUCAGGUAUAAGGGAAACUAUACGGUAUUUGGUGGAACAUGAUAUGGUAGAUUGCAUCGUGACAAGUGCUGGUGGAGUUGAAGAGGAUUUGAUUAAAUGUUUAGCUCCAUCUAUACUGGGUUCAUUUGAACUUGAUGGCUCCUAUUUGAGAAAAAAGGGUUUGAACAGGGCCGGAAAUAUUCUUAUACCAAAUGACAAUUACUGUAGUUUCGAAAAUUGGUUGAUGCCAAUUUUGGAUAAAUGUGAACUUGAGCAAAACGAAGGUUCUGUUUCGUGGACUCCUUCCAAGCUUAUAGAUCGACUUGGAGCUGAAAUCGCUGAUCCAGCUUCAAUAUGCUACUGGGCGCAUCGCAAUAAAAUACCCAUAUUUUGUCCUGCCUUUACUGAUGGAUCUAUUGGAGAUAUGCUUUAUUUCCAUUCCUAUCGGAAUAGCGGUAUUAAAGUUGAUAUUGUCGAAGAUUUGCGUCACAUCAAUACUAUGGCCGUGAAAUCCUUGCAAACUGGCGUUAUUAUCCUUGGUGGUGGUGUUACUAAGCACCACAUAAAUAAUGCGAAUUUAAUGCGCAAUGGAUCUGAUUUUGCAGUUUAUAUUAAUACUGGACAAGAAUAUGAUGGCAGUGAUUCUGGUGCUUCACCUAAUGAAGCCGUGAGCUGGGGCAAAAUAAAAGAUACGACGAAGGCCAUAAAAGUUCAUGCUGAAGCAUCACUAAUCUUCCCGUUUCUCGUUGCAAAAACAUUUGCCCGCUUCAUUGAAAAAACGAAAAUAGAGGAAAAUAACAUUUGA